UACUGUGAUAAAUGUUUUAAUUUUUAUUUUUCCGUGCACAUGCCAGGGCCCUUAAGCACGCGGAGCACACAAGUCACCCCAACGGUAGAUCCGGGCUCGUGCAUAAAUAUUCUUAGGCAGUCAGUACCAAGUUUUAAAACGCCUGUAUUACCGUAGACUGAAUUAAUUAGAAAGGCUUUAUGGGUUAACAAAUAAAUGCAAUUAACGUAAGAGACCCUAUAGUUUAAGUUCAUUUUAACUUGCGAUGUCUUAACCUUUCGUGUACAUGGUGUCACUCGGCUACAUUUAUAUUUUGCUUCUGUGUGCGUGCUACUUCCUUUCACUUUUCUGUACUCCUGGCCGCGCGCCAGGUCCAGAUUACCGCAUGCGUGAUGGUUUAGGCUACACAGAACAUCGCUCCGCAAGAUAAUGCAUUUACUGCGAUAGAUGGAAACGGAAUAUUCAUUUGAAGCUAGGAUAUCACCAUUAAGCGAAACCAGGUCGCAUAGCUGGAGAAGAGAUAAUGGCUUCAGGGGUAGGAGAAGAUGGGGUUCCCCAACAGAACUUGGACAUGGGCGGGUCUUCGGAUCUGGACUGUGGGCUGCUGUCUCAGAGCCUGCGGUUUGUGGAGAAGCUGGAGGAACAGUAUGUGUGUCCCUGCUGUGCUAGUGUGGUCAUCAACCCCCACCAGGCCAGCUGCGGUCACAUCUUCUGCCUGCGCUGCAUCAGAGUCCUACUGGAAAAUGGUUCAUCUGCAAAGUGCCCCAAAGACAGUGUUUUGAUUAGGUCUAACGAGGUUUUUCAAGAUAAUUGCUGUAAAAGAGAAAUACAGAAUUUAGAAGUAUACUGUACCAACUAUCCAGAUUGCUCAUCCACUGCUCCUGUGUGUCAUCUGCAGGAACAUCUGAAGACAUGUCAGUAUGCAACCAUAAAAUGCCCCAACCAAGGCUGCCCUGAAACCCUGCCCCGCCGAGACCUGAAGGAGCAUUCACACAACCUCUGUGUCCAUCGCAAAGAACCCUGCCCACACUGUCACCAGCGUUACACUAUCGCCCAGAUCAAGGACCAUGAAAACACUGUGUGCCCAGAGGUGAAGGUCCCCUGUCCCAACAAAUGCACCCAGAUAAUACAGAGGCACAGGCUGAAGGAACAUUUCAGUCAAUGUCCUGAGUUGGAGACAGACUGUGUGUACAAGAAAUACGGCUGUUUUGUCAGGGAGAAGAGGGCGAAGGUUCAGGUCCAUGAGGAUGCUGCUCUGAAUGAGCAUCUGCUGCUGGUUUUGGAGAACAACACCAAGCUGGAAAAGCAGAUCCACAGUCUCCAGCAGAGCAUGUCUCUAAGGCAGCUGGAGCUACAAGAGCAGAAGAGCACAGUGAGCAGUCUGGAAAGGGUGGUCCAGGAGGUGACUAAGAGUGACCAGGUGCUCUCCGUUGUGCAGAGGUCUUUGGAGGAGCAGAGGGGCCGGGUCUCCAGCAUUCAGCUCCAGCUGCAGCAGCUUUCCCUGGCCUUUGGCCAGGACUCCGCCCACACUGAGCUGGCUCAGCUCAGGGGCUCUCUGGGCACGCUCAGUCAGCAGGUGUCCGUCGUUGAGGGCCUGAAGGAGCGGCUUGGUGUGCUGGAGGGCAGGUAUCUGCAGCACUCACGGCUGCUGGACAUCCAUGUGGACCAGCUGCAGCGCAACGAGGAACGCUUCCGGGAGCUGGAGUCCACAUCCUACAGUGGGAAACUCAUCUGGAAGAUCCGCGACUACCAGAAGAGGAAGGAGGUGGCCAGCAGAGGCCACGCCCCUCCCAUGUUGAGCUCUGCGUUCUACACCGGACGCAGCGGGUACAAGCUGAGUGCACGGGCGUACCUGAGCGGUGAUGGCACUGGGUUGGGAACACACCUGUCCCUGUACGUGGUCCUGAUGAGAGGCGACUUUGACUCGCUGCUUCCCUGGCCCUUCCGCCAGACUGUCACCCUGACAGUGCUGGACCAGAGCACCGCCAGAAACCACAUGAGUGAAUCCUUCCUGCCGGACCCUGCCAGCAGCAGCUUCUCCCGCCCUGUGUCUGACACAAACGUGGCCUCUGGGUUCCCUUGCUUUGUUUCCCAUGGUAACCUGGAGGCCCCUAAGAAUGCCGCCUAUGUGAAGGAUGACACUCUCUUUAUUAAGAUCAAAGUGGACACCUCGGGGCUGGAAGACCUCUAGUUAGGGCUAGGUUUGAGACCCUGGUGGGGUACAGCCAUUGUAACCCUGAAAAAAGGAUUUAACUUGACCUGCUGAGUAUAUAUGUGUGAGAAUUGAUUCUGUAUGAAUUGGCUUAAUUCCUAAAUGUAAAUGUCUUCACUACUGAAGCUGCUCUAUUGGAAGGUAAGCAAGUAACCUUGCUGCAUAUCAUGAUUUAUAUGAUGUGUUCUGCACCAGAUCAGUGGUUUUAGUGCCAACAUAUACAUGGCAUUAAGCAAAAAUUCAUUUUAUUCUGGUACUCAUUAGUAGGAUUAUGUACAUUUCAAAUGUCUUCAUUUUGAGCCAUUCUAUAUUUUGCUUCAGUUUCACAUGCACGCCAGUGUGUUUCUGUCUUUUGAAUUUUUCCUCCAUGCUGCUGGAAGCAAGUGUCUCGCACUUGAGCAUGAACGACACAUUAUGUAGUAGUAAAUACUCAACACAUUUCACCAGUAUUUUAUUGUUGUCACAUUCAUUGUAUGUACAAUUAAUGAAAACUUUAAAAAUAACUUUUUGGCAUCUUCAUUUGUAUCCAUGUUUUGCAUGCUUAUGAAUGUGUCAGGGCAACUAGUGUUGUCUCUGAUCAUGCAUAAUUCUAACCAUGGUUGAGAAUUAUUCAAACCCUAACCUUCAUCCAAAUGGUUCUUGAAAUGAAUUCUUUGAAAUUAAAUGUUCCCUUGAAAAGACAGCAGGCAUGUGAAAAUGAAGCCUAGGGGAAGUGGAUAUAUUUUGUGUUUAAAGCUAAUACACACAAAGAUGAAUAAUAAACAGACUGCUGCCCUAAACAGAUUUCACUCUUUUUGGCUUCAGAGAAUGACCCAGGGGCCCCUACAAUUCUUGGUUACUGCUUAUAUAUUUCUCAUUAUUGUGUUUAAUGAAACUACAUCUGAAAAACCUGUACUGCUUGACUCUGGCUAUAUCUGUCCAAGUUUACAUGAUGGCUUUCACAGACUGAAUUCCUAAAGCGUAAAAAAACAUUUUUGGUAUAUUGUUUUGUAUGCUUACUCAAUCUUUACAGUAAAAACAUGCAAUUAUCAUGCUGUUCUUUUCCCAAAACUUGACAAUUUAGGGGGGUGAAGAAAUUUGAAAGAGCCCAAACUGGUUUUGGUCAGUCCAAUUAACGUGUGUAGUGCAUGAUGGUCUGGUGUGUGAGUGGUGCUAGUCACCGAUAGAAAAUUGGGCACCAUUUAAGGUCUGUGGCCCCAGACCACCACACCCUGCGUGCUGUCCAAGUGGACCCAGGGGGGCUGGAUACUUACCUUGCUAGACUCAAGUGGUUUUUGUUAACACCGCUAGGUAGCCCAACCACCCGAGUCAAGCCUGAGAAGGGUCUACAUCUUGGGGCCUUCUCCAGUCUCCCCCAGCUCAGAUACAAGCGAUAUGUACCAGUCUGGGUUAACCUAGAGAUGGGGGCGAUUAAGGAAUUAAAACAAAACAAUCAGUUGGUAAAGUGACAAUGGUAUGAACUGGGGAAUUACAAUUACAAUCGGGGCCCCGCCAGGAAUAGUCUGUGGCUGCAUAGCUACUAGGACUGGGAUCAAGAGCCCAUGCAGUCAUGAGGAGGGGACAACUAUACCCGCCUAUCAAGAGCCAGCCCAUGUAAAGUGGGGUCACAGCUGAUUGACAGGACCUUGUCCUCCUAAUAGCUGGAAACGGGCCAGAGCAUAUUACUUCCCGACAUCUUUUUAGCCACUGCACACAAUGAUUGAUAAGUUGGACAAGAUGUGGAAAUUAUUCUUCCCUGCUAAAUUAAACGGCUGGGGUAAAAAUGUAAUCUCUGUGAGGCACCCAGUAAGAAUGCAUGAAAACUUCUGUCUCUUCAAUAAAGGUGAAUACAACCUGC